AUGUCGUACAAUGGACACCACGAGUUCACAACCCUUAGAAGUUUCGAUGUACCUUAUAAGUAUCGACUAGAAGCGUCUCUCUAUGCUCUUGACUGGAAUAACUAUACAUCAGUCGCAGUCAUUGCCCUGAUAUCCUAUGAAUAUAUGCUUCAGUUCGAGAAGAAAGAGGUCACGUUCGUUUGGGUUAGAGCUCAACCACAACGUUAUGAAGAUACGGAACUGACUGAUUAUGCAGCUAAGAGAGUGGUUCGAUAUUUUGGUAUUGUCGUUGCAAUGAAUUCCGCUAUCUGGGGAGGUCUAUUUUAUAUGCCUGAAGCACCGUACGUCAGAAGUUCGUUUUACGGCUAG